UAAACCUUUCCUUGUGCUUCUAUACCCUGCCUCCCAAAACAACAUUCAUCACCCUCACCUUUUCUUAUACAAAUCAAUAUUUUCAAAAACUAAAAACCAUGGUGUCAAAACAUAGUUUUUAUGAACAUGAGAGUCUUAUAUCAAUCAAAAUUUUCAUACUUAUACUCCUUAAUUCUAUGCUUCAUAAAGCAGACUCAGGCUGCAAUAACUCUGUUGCCACUUCAUUAGUCCCAUUUCAACCUCAUGAGAUCCUCUCAUCACUGCAAGCACUAGCUCUUGAUGGCCACUUUAGCAUGAGGGACAAUGAGAAUGCUGCCAAGGACUUUGGCAACAUAAACCAUUUCCCCCCUCUAGCAGUGCUUCAUCCAAAAACAGUUUCUGAUAUUUCACGCACCAUAAAGCAUAUUUUUGACAUGGGUUUUGCUUCAGAGUUUAAGGUUGCUGCUAGAGGCCAUGGCCACUCCCUACGAGGCCAAGCACAAGCCCAUGGAGGCCUGGUUAUUAACAUGGAGUCUCUGCAGGGUCCUGACAUAAAAGUUCACAAUGGAGAAUUUCCUUAUGUAGAUGUUUCAGGAGGUGAGUUGUGGAUAAACAUUCUGCAUGAAACUCUUAAACAUGGGUUGGCACCAAAAUCUUGGACAGAUUAUCUUCACCUUACUGUUGGUGGCACUCUUUCAAAUGCUGGAAUAAGUGGACAAGCCUUUAGGCAUGGACCUCAGAUCAAUAACAUCUUCCAGCUAGAAGUUAUCACAGGAAAAGGAGAGGUGGUCACCUGCUCAGGAAACCGAAAUGCUGACCUUUUUUAUGGUGUUCUUGGAGGGCUUGGUCAAUUUGGCAUCAUCACAAGGGCUAGAAUUUCUCUUGAGCCAGCACCAAAGAUGGUGAAAUGGAUUAGGGUGCUCUACUCAGACUUCUCUACAUUUGCAAGGGACCAAGAGUAUUUGAUAUCACUUAAAAACACAUUUGAUUAUAUUGAAGGAUUUGUGAUCAUAAACAGAACUGGCAUCCUUAACAAUUGGAGAUCAUCCUUUGAUCCCAAAGACCCACUUCAAGCCAGCCAAUUCAAUUCUGAUGGGAAAACAUUCUACUGUCUUGAGAUGGCAAAAUACUUCAACCCUGAUGAAGCUGAAGUCAUGAAUCAGGGUGUUGAUCACCUACUCUCAGAACUGAGGUAUAUCCCACCCACACUCUUCAUGUCAGAAAUUUCUUACGUGGAGUUCCUAGACAGAGUGCAUGUUUCUGAGAAAAAGCUAAGAGGAAAAGGCUUAUGGGAAGUUCCACAUCCUUGGCUGAACCUUCUGAUCCCAAGUAGUGAGAUUCAUCGCUUUGCUGAAGAAGUAUUUGGCAAUAUUCUUAAAGACACAAGUAAUGGUCCCAUACUAAUUUACCCAGUCAACCAAACAAGGUGGAACAGUAAAACAUCUUUGGUUACACCAGAGGAAGAUGUUUUCUACCUUGUGGCAUUCCUAUCUUCGGCAGUCCCAUUUUCAAGUGGUGCAAACAGUUUAGAAUACAUUAUAAGCCAAAACAAAAGGAUCAUAGAGUUUUGCUCCAAUGCCCAACUGAGAGUGAAGCAAUAUCUUCCACAUUACAGCACACAGGAAGAAUGGAAAGUCCACUUUGGGUCACAAUGGAAAGCAUUUGUGGAAAGAAAAAGGGCCUAUGACCCACUAGCACUGCUUGCACCUGGCCAUAGAAUCUUUCAAAAGGCAAUGUAUAGUUCCUGUUAGUUUUAGAGUGUAAGGUUGUAACUAUUGAUAAUUAAUCAUAUAUGUU